AUGGGAGGAUGUAGUGUGCUUGUUCUGAGAAUAGUCUUCAUUGUGUUGACCGUCAUGAGCAUGAUCAACACCAUGGCUGCUUUGUACAUGCCUGAUUGGAUGUCGUUCAAUUGCUUUUUUAAUACAUGUCAUGUUGGACUGUUUCGGUCUUGUAUAAAUUCUGUGUGCGGAGAGGUAAGUUCUUCAUAAAUAGGUGGUGGGGGGAUGUAUAAUAUGAGGUGGGUGUGUAUAAUGAGGGGGCGGUAUAACGUUAGGGAAGGGGUGUGUUUUCUAAGGAAUCACAACUAUUUGUAGCGUUCUAUAAUGUGUUAUAGUAUAGUAAUAUACAUGAUACUAGAAGUAUAGUGUAGGUAUGACAAUAUAAUCCUAAUAUGACAAACUUUGUCUAGGCAAGCGCGCCAUCUGCCAAAGUUACAGCCGUCAUCGUGAUACUGUCGUUGCUCUUCCAAAUUGGCGCCCUGAUAUACGCGAUCUGCACUUACUGUAUUGUCAAAAUUGCCACUAUGUUCACUCCGGCUGGAGUACUAACUGGAGUUGGUGCGUUUCUCAACAUUGUUGCUUUGGUCUACUGGAUGACACAAGCUCCAAGUGGUACGGUUUUUACGAUAUAAGAGGAGGUUAGGUUCAAUUAAAGAAUUUUUGUGGAUGAGAAGAGUAAUUUUUUAAGGGAGGGGUGAAGGAAAAACUUUUUGAGAUGAGGAGAGGGGGGGGGGCGUUUUUGAUUAUAAAAACAUAUUACGUAUAGAAAUGUGGAUCUCAGGCGUUAUAUUACCUAUAAACAUGUUGACUAUAACGAAAGUUGACUGAAGUAUAUUUUACGUUCAGAUUACGAAAUGAAAGAGGGCAAUCUUCUCAAUUCGAAAACCUACAGUCUUCACGGAAUGAUUUUAUCUUCUAUUCUACUGAUUGUGGGCUCCAUUAUCGCCAUGUUCGUCCAACAUAUGAUCAAAACGGGCAGAAUGAAGUGA